AUGACGAUGCCAGGGCCAGACAGUUUGACGGCAGCAGGAACGACGCCGACGCCGUCGGUGUUCAGUUUCGAUGCGCUCUUUGACAACCCCAUGUUUGCGGGUGGCAUGGGGCUGGCCGGGCUGGGAGCAGCAGCAGCGUUGGGGCGGCGCGGAAUGAUGCAGGGAGCCGAGCUGCUACGACGACGGCUGCUGGUGAACGUGGAGAUCAGCCGGCGGGACCCGUCGUACCCGUGGGUGCUGGCAUGGCUUUCGGAGCCGCGGUCAGCAGGCGGCUUUGUGGCCUCGCGGCUGACACGAAUCCACAACCUGUCGCACCGGCCAGGAGUGUUUAUCGGAGUGCGGCGCGAAAAACAGAGCACGUCCAACAUGGCGACAGGCGAGCCACACGAGACCGUGACGCUGACGGCAUUAUGGGCCCAGCGACACGUGUUCGAAGAAGUGUUUGCGCAGGCGCACGCGCUAGCAGCACGAGCAGCCGAGGGCCGGACGCCCGUGUUCAGCGUGCAGGGCAUGGGAUGGGCGCCGCUGGGCGAGCCGCGAACGAAGCGGCCGCUGGCAUCGGUGGUGCUGGACAGCGGUGUGGCCGAGGGCGUCGUGGCGGACGUGCGAGACUUUCUGGCACGUCAGCAGUGGUAUGUCGACCGUGGGAUUCCGUACCGCCGUGGCUACCUGCUCUACGGGCCGCCGGGCAGCGGCAAGACGUCGUUUAUCCAGGCCCUGGCAGGCGAGCUGGACCUUGGCCUCGCUGUCGUCAACCUGAGCGAGACAGGCAUGACGGACGAUAAGCUGGCCAUGCUGCUGAUGCGGCUGCCACGGCGCUGUGUCGUGCUGCUGGAGGAUGCCGACGCUGCCUUUGUCAACCGGCGAGCCCGCGAUCCUGACGGCUACGGCGGCGCCACCGUGACCUUUUCUGGCCUGCUCAACGCGCUCGACGGCGUCGCGGCUGGCGAGGAGCGCAUCGCCUUUCUGACCACCAACCAUAUCGACCGCCUUGAUCCAGCCCUCAUUCGUCCCGGUCGCGUCGACAUGAUGGUGCGCAUCGGCGAGGCCACUGCCUUCCAGGCUGCUCGCAUGUGGGACCGUUUCUACGGUGAUGUCGACGUUGACGGUGCAGGCCGCACUCGCUUCCUGCAACGGCUAUGCAGCCUCGGUCUCGUGGCUGAUCCAGAUGCCGUCGACCGUAGCAGCUCGGUGCCCCGACGACACACCAGCACGGCUGCUAUUCAAGGUCUCUUCCUCUUCAACAAGACCGACAUGGAGGGCGCCAUCAACAUGGCCGAGGGCCUCAUCCCGCGGCACUUUGAGCCUGAGCCCGAGGACCCGAGCGGUACGCACCACCACCCCUUCACCUCACAAUCGACCAUGCUGCGCCAGAUCACCCCCCGCAACGCGCGGUCCAAGCGGGCGCUCGACAAGCGGGCGCCCAAGGCGGACGAGAACCCCAAGACCUGUCUCUUUCUGCGCGGCACGUCGGCAUCGCAGGUCGUGCAGGACUGCCUGACGGAUCUGCACGCCAUGCGGGCGCCGCUGGCCAAGAAGUUUACCAAGAAGAACACGGUGCACCCGUUUGAGGACCCGUCCAGCCUCGAGUUCUUCUCGCGCAAGAACGACACAAGCCUGCAGCUGUUUGGCAGCAGCAGCAAGAAGCGCCGCCACUGUCUGACGCUGUGCCGCACUUUUGACCACGCCAUGCUGGACAUGCUGGAGCUGUACGUCGAUGAGACUACGUACCGGCGUCCGGGCCAGGCGGCUGAGCCGGCCAGCACCACCAGCACCGAUAGCCCGGUUCCCAACCCCCGGCGCUCCAUUCCUGUCGGCGCCCGUCCGAUGGUCCUCUUUGCCGGCUCGCCUUUCUAUGAGGCCGACGUCGAGCACGGAGCCACGCCGCUGACUGAGUCUGGCCGCAAGUACGCCCUCGCCAAGAGCUUGCUCACCGACUUCUUCCGCGUCGACAGCUCGCCCGACAAGAUCGACGUCGAGGGCCUCUCGCACAUUGUCGUGCUGACCGCCGAGGAGGACUCUGCCGAUGAUGUCGCCGCCACCGGAGCCCCUACAAAGCGCAGCGGUCAGCGUCUGCCUCGCAUUGAGGUCGAGGAGAUUGGCCCUCGCAUGGACUUCCGCCUCGGCCGCUUCAAAGAGCCCGACAGUGCCAUGCUCAAGGAGGCCAUGCGCCGCCCCAAGACCAACGAGCCUCGCACCAAGAAGAACAUUGAGACCGACGGCAUGGGCGACAAGAUCGGCCGCGUCCAUCUGGCCAAGCAGGACAUGGCCGAGCUGCAGACCCGCAAGAUGAAGGGUCUCAAGCGCCUCCGCGGCGACGCCCUCGAUGACGGCGCCUCUGUCGCUGACCCGCAAGAGGACGCCCCCAAGAAGGCAAAGCGGUGA